AUGGAUCCGGACUCCGACGAGGUGGUGUUCGACGCCCCGGAGCACUUCCGCAUCUACAAGAGCGGCCGGAUAGAUCGUUUCCACCGAUCAGUGCUCGUGGCCGCGGGCGUCGACGACGAUGCCAGCGGCGUCGCGACCAAGGACGUCGCCCUAGACGCCGGCACCGGCCUCACCGUGCGCCUCUUCCUGCCCAAGCGCCAAGAACCUUCCGGCAAGAAGCUCCCCGUCCUCGUCUACUUCCACGGCGGCGGGUUCAUCCUCGAGUCCGCGAAGUCCGCCACGUACCACAACUACCUCACCUCCCUCGCCGCCGCGGCCGGUGUCCUCGCGGUGUCCGUCGACUACCGCCUCGCCCCCGAGUACCGGCUCCCCGCGGCCUACGACGACUGCUGGACCGCGCUCCAGUGGGCGUCCUCCGCGCGGGACGGCUGGCUCGCCGAGCACGGCGACGCGUCCCGCGUCUUCGUCGCCGGCGACAGCGCGGGCGGCAACAUCGUGCACAACGUGCUGGUGCGGGCGUCGUCCGCGGAAAACGCGGCGAGGAUCGAGGGCGCGGUCCUGCUCCACCCGUUCUUCGGCGGGAGCACGGCCAUCGAGGGGGAGCCGGAGCGCGCGGUCGUGAUCACCGCGAAGGUGUGGGCGUCCGCGUGCCCCGACGCGGCCGACGGCGCGGACGACCCGAGGAUCAACCCGACCACGCCAGGCGCGCCGGCGCUGGAGCGCCUCGGGUGCGAGCGGAUGCUGGUGUGCGCGGCGGAGAAGGAUUGGCUGGUGGCGAGGGACCGCGCGUACUACGACGCCGUGGCGGCGAGCGCGUGGCCCGGGAGCGCUGCGUGGCUGGAGACGGAAGGGGAGGAGCACGUGUUCUUCCUGCUGAAGCCCGAGUGCGACAGGGCCAAGGCGCUCAUGGACCGCGUCGUGGCGUUCAUCGCCGGAGCAUGAGCUGCCUCCGCGUUCAUGGAGCAGGAGAAAUUGUGUGUCUUGAUGGAUUGCGACCGCCCGGAAUAGAGAUGG